UCAAGUGGAAAACUGAAAUUUGUGACUAUUUGCUUGGACUUAGAUCAGACAGCUCAGUCUCGGGUGCUUAUACCAUUCCAUAUGCUGAGAGUGAAGCAACCCUAUCUGUUGAUUCUUUCCCUUCAUCAGCAGCUUCAUCCCCUCAAAGACCACCCGCAAGGAGAGAAUAUUUUCAGCCAUAAAUGCAGCAACCAAAUGAAGACUUGGAUGUAAAUUCAACAAAAAGUACUUCAGAGGAAAGCAUGUCCUUAAGUGACAGGUCUUUGCCAAAAGGUCGGUGUGGAUUUUUCCUAUGUUUUGAUAAUGUAAACCAAAGAACCACUGUCAGACAUCAAACAAGGGAUGCCAAAAAUAAAAUGUUUAAUAUGGUUCAAGGGUAUGCAACACGGGAUAGAGUACCAACUCCUCAUCUAAGUGAUGACGUACCAUUACCAGAAAGAAUAAAGGCCAUUCCUUUAGAAAACUACCUCCCAUCUGAGAUGGAUGAAGUUGAUCUUCGGUUUGAAUUAACCACAAUUGUCCACAGGAUUCUGUGUGAAUACAUUCCCAUCUUAAAACCUUUGGCAAAUGCUAUUAACUGGCACAUCCAACAUAGAUACUCAGAUGUGUCUGCAGCAAAAAGACAACUGGUCCCAAUUGGUGUUCUGGAUAAGGAUGAAAGCAGAGUUUCAGAUACCAUAGACAUCCUUGAGGAUAAUCACAAAUAUGUUCCACUGAAGCCAAAUGGACAACCUUUCAAACUUCUCUUACAUGCAGAUGGCCCAAGUGUUGAAAGGGGUAACAAUGCUCAGAAUGCCAGAAUAAACGGGAAUACUGCAUGGAAACAGCUUCAAGGCUUGCAAAUGAACAUACAAGAAUGGCAUAAGAGAUGUCUUUUGUUACAGGACAUUUUUGAUGAGAUGUACAAAGGUUCCAGUGGAAGAGAAAUAGGCACCCUCUUUCAGCUGAAGAACUACUUCAACCAUCGUAAUGUGACAAGCAAUGUCAAGCAAUCGUUUAAUCACGAUGAAGAGUUUUUAGAAUUUGCAACAAAUGGAUAUGUUGUAUUGGCUGCUAUGCAUGUUCUGAACAUGCAGAGUUUGAAUGAUAUUCCAAAUUCUUUCCCAAAUACUGAAGACAAACAAGUGCAUUUCCUUCAUGAUGUGUCAGGAAAAAUUGUAGAUAUGGUGUUUCUGUCAACUCAGCCAUACGUAAAACACAUUCUACAAGACCAAAUCAAUGACCCGGAAGCAGAAAAUGAAAUUUGUGUAUGCAGGUCAACCCAUCAAGAUCCAGGAAUGGUAUACUGUGCAAACAAGGACUGCAUGUUUGGGGGAUGGUUCCACUUAGACUGUUUAGGUCUUGAAGAAGAUGAUGUGCCUGAUGGAAACUGGUGGUGUUCAUUGGAAUGCAAGAAUUACCAACAUGGAAAGAAGAAGAGAGCAACAGUUGCUGACAACCUGACAGACCAUAAAAAAUGUUAUGCUUUGAGAGUUAUGUGGCAUGGUUUGAACCAGAAAGUACGCCGUGAUGCCUUGCGGGAAAAUGAUGGGAAACGCAUCAUUAUGCAUUGGAGAUUUGACUUGUUGAAUUUCUACGAGCACAAUCAUCCUAAGUAUUUCCAUGUUUGUCAUCAACUAUUGUCAGCAAUUAGUGGAGCUGUUCAUCUAAAAUUGCAUUUUAUUCCCUCCUACAUUUAA